AUGUCCGUUUCGGAGUAUGCUGAGAAGUUUGAAGACCUGGCUGAUUACUCCCGACAGGCUGCCUAUGCUCAGGAUGAACUAUGGAAGAUUGAUCAGUUCAUGAUGGGACUAAGGGCGGACAUUGCUCAUAGUGUAUUACAGAGAGAGUUCACCAUUUAUGCUGAGUGUUUGAGGCAAUACUAUAUUGCUGAAAACAGUUUGAAGAGGGUUCAAGAAGAGAGAAAUCAGAACAAGACAAGUUUUAGAGAGCAAGGAAGAUCAGGACACUAUCUGAAGCCCCGCAACUUUCCGACAAAGAAGAAGCAAAAUCAUGGUGACCAGUCAUCUAUACCUCAUCAGUGUGAUAAAUGUAAGAGAAGACGUCGUGGGGAUUGUAGGCCUUUUGGAGCUGCUUGCUAUAAGUGUGGUGAAAUGGGCCAUAUGGCUAGGCAUUGUCCAAAGAAGAAAGCUCCUGAGAAGACCGCAGGUCGUGUGUAUACCUUGGAUGCAAGGAAAGCGAAGGGAAACAACUAUCUCAUUGCGGAGUGUGUUUACCGACUUGGGUUGGAAGAAACUCCUCUACCUGAUCCUAUGGUCAUUUCCUCGGCUACGGAUGAUUCUGUGGAAGCUCGGCUAGUUUGCAAGGAUUGUUUUGUAUCUUUUAAUGACCGUGAUUUUCCGAUCGAUCUGAAUUGCUUACCUCUCAAGAGAAUCGAUGUCAUUCUUGGAAUGGAUUGGUUAUCUCCUAAUUCAGUGUAUAUUGGCUGCAAGGAGAAGGCUAUAUUCAUUCCUGCAGAAGAGACUACCUCCGAUGAUGCAAUUACCAAGUUAAUUGAAGGUACAAUCAUCACGGUUAACUAUCUCUUUUCUCAAGAAAGAUCCUUUCUUUUAGUUCUUUCCAAGGAGCCUUCGGUAAGGAUGGAAUUGUCUGAGAUUCCAGUGGUGUGCGAAUUUCCUGAUGUAUUCCCUGAGGACAUCACUUCUCUUCCUCUAGAAAGAGAAGCGGAAUUCUCGAUUGACCUCGUUCCUGGUACUGCCCCUGUCUCUAUAACUCCGUAUCGGAUGUCCCCUAUCGAACUCAGAGAAUUGAAGAUCCAGUUAGAAGAACUCCUAGCUAAGCAUUUCAUUCAGCCCAGUGUUUCUCCAUGGGGAGCUCCUGUUCUCUUGGUGAAGAAGAAGGACGGAAGAGCCAGUGUGUUCUUGGAGAUUGAUCUUAGGUCGGGGUAUCAUCAGAUUCGGGGGAAGAGCUCAGACGUUCCCAAGAUUGCAUUCAGAACUCGGUAUGGUCAUUACGAGUUUUUAGUUAUGCCUUUUUGUGUGAGUAAUGCUCCGGCUGUUUUCAUGGACUACAUGAAUCGAAUAUUCCAACCGUAUCUGGAUCAGUUUGUGGUGAUCUUCAUUGACGAUAUCUUGGUGUAUUCUCAUUCUCUAGAAGAGCAUAAAGAGCAUUUGUAG